AUGACUGGUCCAUAUAUUUUUGAAUUUGAAAAUAUUUUAAGGAAGUUAUCAAGAGAUCCAUUAGUACAUCGCCCUGAUAUUACCUUUGGAAAACUUGAAAAUGGACUUGACUAUUGUAUAUUAGACCAUAAAUCUAUUCUUAAUUCUUUAUUCUGUUCAUUGGUUGUUCAUGUCGGUAGUAUCCAUGAAGAGGAUAAUGAAAAAGGAUUGGCUAAUUUUGUACAAAAGUGUAUGUUAAGUGAACUUAUGCAAAAAACAAAAAAUACACAAUAUUGUAAAGAUCUGAAAAUGAAUGCUUCAACUGAUUUUCAUUAUACUGUAUUUAAUAACACUAUAGAAUACAAAAAAGAUUGCAAAAAUCACAAAAAAGAAGCCAAGGAACUUUUGGAAAUACUUGAAUGCUUUUAUGAAACUUUAGAACUUUUUUACAAUGAAAACUUUAGUAAAAAAAACCAAAAUAAUAUAUUUGAAAUAAAAUUAGAUAUAAAAGAUUCAAUAUAUAAAUCAGAAAAUUAUUUACCAUACCUAAUUGAGAAGCAGCUAUUUAAACAGCUUCAUUUCAAUACACUCCUCAAUGAUCACUGGCCAAUUGGUACUAAUGAAUGUGUCGAAAAAUUCGAAUUUCAAGACAUAUAUCAAUUUUUUAAGAAAUGGUAUAAACCUUCAAACAUUUGUAUUUUUAUUAUUGGUGAUAUAUAUACUGAUAAACAAAAUAUUGUAGCAAAUCUCUCUAAAAUAAUGAAAAAUUUUUCUUAUGAAGACACGUUUGACCAAAAUGGGAUUCAAGAAUUCUACGACAUAUUUUCAGUAAAAAAUAGGAUUGGAUAUGAGUAUAUAGCUUCAAAAAUUGGUACACCAUCGAACUACUAUUAUGCUGGGAGUCCUCGCGAACUUUUGUACAGUAACAGUCUAAUUAAUUUGGUUUCAAUCACAAUUUGUACAAAGCUAGAAUUAUUUCCAUUACUCGAUGAGGGAGAAAUAUUUUGCAAUGCAAUAGAUAGUAUUAUAUCAUACUUACUCGAACUAAACUUCAGAAAAUUUGAAUUAUCUAACAACUCGGAUUAUCCUAUUGCAAUAGCAUCCUGGGAUCUAUACAAUUCAUCUAGGGAACAUUGCUGCUGGAAUUCCUUGACAAUUACCUCAGAUUUAUCAAAUUGGCAAGAUAUAUUGGCGAGUUGUAUAGUAAAAAUUAAAUAUUUAUAUACGCAGCUAUUAAGUAAGGAUGAAUAUGACUUUGUACUAUUAAGGCUCAAGGAAGACUAUAAAAUUGCCAUAAUUGAAGAAUCUAAUGAAGAUACCAAAAUUUUGUUGGAUUCAAUAAUUGAUCAUUGGUUAUGUGGGAGUAUACCAUUAAAUAAAACUCAGGAAUACCAAUUAUUCUGCAAAGUUGUCGAAUAUAUUAGCCCGGAAAUUAUCAUGUAUAGAUGCAAACAACUGUUUUAUUAUAUAAUUAAUUAUUUUCAUGAAGAUACUAGCUCUAUUGAAAAGAAUUGUAUUGGUUCAAUAUUUAUCUGUGCUCCUAAGAUGAAUAAUUUAAAAUUAGGUGAUGAGAACUAUACCUUACAGGGAAAUCACAAGAAGUCUGUAUUCAACUAUAACUUGAAUGCAAAGCAUAUAAAUCAGCCAUCUACAAAUAAAGUGCAAAGUGACAUGAAAAUUGAAUAUGUAAUAGAUAUAAUAAGGCACGCAAUUGAGUCCAAGGAUUUAAUACCUAUACUGCAUAUAUCAAAACAUGAUAAGACAGAAUCUACUCAGAAUAAAAGAUUAAACAUAAAUAAUUGUUAUGAGGCAAAAAAACGAAUAAGCUUUAGAUACUACUUACCUCAAACAUUGCUUAGAAUUCACGACUUUUUUUGGUAUAAGAUUCGUGCUAUAUUUUAUAGUCGUGUAAAUGAGAACCCCUAUAUCUGUAAUGGGAAUUAUUCAAUUGAACAGUUAGAUAAUAUUGCUAAUCAGAUGAAUUUUGAAUUCGAAUUUGAAAAUAAAGAUAUUAAUGAAAAAAUAUAG